AUGCAUUACACCAGUUUUGAAACUGUGUACCGCAAUGAAAGCCCACCACAUCCGUCGCAAUUCUAUGUUGUAGAUAUUGGUGAGGUAGAUGAGAGGACAGCCCGAUGGUGGUCUGCAAUACUCGCUCCAAAUGGAUGGAAAGCUACAGUAAGACGAACCACCAAAAGGGAAUUUUUGACCCCCUGGUCAGUUGCUCGCGCCUGUGAUACGUGCCUCUCAGUUAAACACAGAGGGCUCUCUUCGUCCUCUUCCGUCCUAACGCCCUUAUCCGCGGGGGCAGCGUUCGAGGCUCUUGUUAGAUUUGCACACCUGCAUGGAUUGCACAGCCAGUUUCUAAUUGCCUUUGCGAUUGCCUUGACAAUCCCAACGCACAGGUUCUAUGGUUCAUCUGCCAAGCUACCGCUUCCUAGAGCGGCCGGUGGUAAAAAACUGAAUGCUCCUAUCGAUGUCAUUCCGCCCGAAUGGAUGAGACUUAAGGACGACCUGCCUUACUACAUGACUUUGAGUUGCAGCCCUGAAGUACUCAUGUCGACAUUCUGCGGGGCAUUUUGGGAGCCUGAUAUCCCCUGCAAUCUUGUCAGUCCAUGGCUGCAUCCGGUCUUGAAUGAGGUCCUAGGCGAGACGCCUGACCCUGAGAUCCUUGCUUUUAUCAGUGCAAUCCGCCAGCCAAAUCUCUGCGCACUCUGGAUUGGAGCGGUUACGAGCGGGUUGGGCCCAGAGAUCCUCCGUAGAGUAGGAGGAGGCCGGCCUCCUCUUGACCCGCUUGGCUUUCCCUGGACUAGAUGUCCACAAAGCUUCAUGGAUGUUUCAGGGUCAGGCUCAUACAUUUGCGAAAACCCCGAAUAUAUUUUAAGAGCGGAUGUUUGGCGGUUAAUGCAUCUCCCUUCAACUGAGGAGGACAAUACAUGCUACCAGUACAGGCCUAGCACGCCUUGGACACCCUGCGGAGCGUCUCUUCUAAAGGAUUGCUCUCUCCGUGUUACAGCACAUUUGGAGUGCCCUCGACAUGAAUACAAAUACGACCAUUGGGUGUGGUACUUGGAGGACGGUACUGCGAUUCAAGACCACGGGCUGUCGGAACAACCGAUAUUAGACUUUUCUGAGCGUGUGUUCAGCAAUCUCGAGAUCAAGGAUGAGAUAGAUUUCAAGAGAACGAACCUCGACCAAAUGGCAUCCCGGGAAGCCUCAUUGGACAUAUUCCGGUGGUUCUGUGCCUGCGGAGAGGGCCUGCCCCCGGAGAACAUCUAUCAAGAUGAGUGGCUGAGGGAAAUAUGGGACGACGAUGAAGAUGCUGGUGAGAUUGAUGAUUGUGAUUUGCAAGAGCCAGUCUGUGACUCCAAGGACCGGGUUAGUUCAUGGCUCAAUACAGUCAAUUGA